CAGACUUGUUUUUAUGUUACAGUGCUGCAACUUCGUAUGUUAUGUACGGAGGUGAAGUGAAGGGUGAGUCUGCAAUGAAAUACUUCGACGACAUCGGUUCACGAGUCUGGCACACUUACCAAGUCGUGAACGAUGGUCCCUGGCGCGUCACUGACUUGGAAGUUGAUAUCCAAUGGCCAUGGCAAGUUGCCAACGACAAGGUGCAGGGAAAGUGGCUCUUAUACUUGGAAGACAUCCCCCAAAUCGAAGGUAAAGAAAAGGACUAUUGUUUUGUUACUCCGAGUCAAGGUGUCAAUGUGCUCAACUUAACAAACCGUUUCGAAAGUGGAGAAGAUUCGCCCCCUGAUAAUCUUCUGGCCCCUCCUUCGUUUAAUCAGACUGGAUUGGUAUCAUCGUUGGCCUUUCUACCACCGGCUAGGAGNGCUUCCAUGGUUUCAUUAUUAAUCCUUCCGUUAUCUUUAUUUUCACACCAAUGGGGGUUAGUUAUUUUAUGUGAACUGUCCUGA